AUGAACUCCAUCAUCAAGUCCGUCCUCGUCGCCUCCGCCGCCCUGGCCCUCACCGCCAGCGCCGCCCCGGCCCUCUCUUGCCCACCGGGAACCGUCCCCGCCCUGAGCAACUACGGCGUCCAGUCGACUCCCGACAACGUCUGCGUCGUUCCCGGCACCUGCUACUACGACCCGCGCGGAAACUGCGCCGGCUUCGACGGCACCUUUGGCUGCGCCGCCGACGGCUGGUGCUGCCAGGGCACAGACCUCACCUCGGCCAAGAACGGCAACGUCUGCGUCGACCCGGCCGUCGGCCAGGCGAACCAGGAGCCUCCGCCUUCGCCGUCUUCCUCCCGCGCCGCCGUCAAGGCCAAAAGGGACAACGCGGCCGCCGCGUCUUGCCCUGCGGGUUCCAUCCCGGCCAAGAGCGACUACGCUGCUCAGGCAUCGGCCGACGACGUCUGCGUCACGCCCAAGACGUGCUACCCGGCCAGCGGCGCCAACUGUGCCGGUCAGGAUGGCGUGUUUGCCUGCGCCAUCAACGGGUGGUGCUGCCAGGGAACCGAUCUGACUGCACCCAAGAACGGCAAUGUCUGCGUGGAUGCCACUGUUGGCCAGGCCAACCAGCAGCCCAGCUCUCAGUGA